AUGGCAGAGCCUGAGCCCCCUUCAGAGCUGCAGCUGGAUGAAGCCGGAGCACCCUCAACCCCGCAGGGAGCGGCUGCAGGCGCUGCUCCGCACCCGGACAUUUCGCGCAGCCCGUUAGAGCCAGCUGUGGAUGUGGGGGUGACACUCCUGCGCCGGGGCAGCCCAGACGCCUGCCGGGACCUGCAGGCAGACGGCAGGGAUGCUUCCUUGGAGCUAAACAUGCCAGGGCUCCAGCUGGAUGAGGAUGCGGCCAGGGCCAGGAUCCCACUGGACGUGGCAGGAAUCCCGCUGGAUGUGGAUACAGAAGGAGUAGGGAUCCCACUAGAUGUGGAUGUGGAUGGGGCAGGGAUCCUACUGGACGGGGAUGCAGAGGGGGCAGGCAGCCCCCUGGACGCGGAUGGCGUGGAGCAUCAGUGCCUCACCCUCGAAGAGCUGGGGGACUACUUCCAAGAGUGCAUCGAAGCCGUCGAGCAGCUGGAGAAAGAGAGAGACAGCCUGAUCGCGGAGCUCGCCCAGCUCCGGCAGGAGAUCCGCCAGGCCCACGAGGAGAUCCAGGCGGCCUGCCGGCUGCUGGCCAAGGUGGAGCUGGGGAGGGAUAACCUGAAGGAUGAGAUCCGGCAGAUCAAGCAGAAGCUGUUCAAGGUGACGAAGGAGUGCGUGGCUUGCCAGUACCAGCUGGAAAGUCGGCGGCACGACCUCUCCCAGCACGCUGCUUACCAGGGCGAGCUGGAGACCCAGGCUGGGCAGCUCUCCAACGAACUGUCCCGGCUGAAGGAGACCUGUGAGAAGGAGAAGGAGGUUUUGAGGCAACGGCUGGAGAUGCCGCCGUGUCGGCAGGAUAACCUGUACCUGCAGGAGAGCCGCCGGCUUUCCAUGGAGUUCGAGAGCUUCGUGGCGGAGAGCCGGCGGGGUCUGGAGGAGCACUACGAGCCCCAGCUGCUGCGGCUGCUGGAGAGACGCGAGGCGGGGGCGAAGGCGCUGCAGGAGAUGCAGGGGGAGAUCCAGGGGAUGAAGGAAGCCCUGCGGCCCUUGCAGGGGGAGGUCAGCCGGCUGCGGCUGCAGAACCGGAGCCUGGAGGAGCAGAUCGUCCUUGUUAAGCAGAAGCGGGAUGAAGAGGUCGGGCAGUACCGGGAACAGGUUGAGGAGCUGGAAGACAGGCUGAAGGAACUGAAGAACGGGGUCCAGCUCCAGCAGCGCAAGAAUCAGGAACUGGAGGAGCUGAGGACCAGCCUCCACCAGGAGCUCUCCAUCUACAAGAGCUGCCUAGAAAUCUACGGACACCUUUGCAAAUCGGAAGAAAAAGCAGACCAGGACUGUUAG